CCCAGCCCCAGCUGAGCCCCGUUUCUCCGGGAGCCAGACAUCCUGUCUGUUCCCAUGGCAGCCUUCCUGUCUGCCGGCCUUGGCGUGCUUGCACCCUCAGACGCCUGCACCCUACCCAUGACCAGCCCCAGCUGGGAGCCCUCACUGGGGACGCCGUUCCCAUCAGGCCCUUGUGCCAGCUCCACUGGGGCCCAUGCCGUGACCGAGCCCGCUGGGCAGGGCCCCAAGAACCCACGUGUGUCCAAUGUGACGGUUCAGCUGGAGAUGAGGCCUCUGUGGGAGGAGUUCAACCAGCUGGGCACAGAAAUGAUCGUCACCAAGGCGGGCAGGAGGAUGUUCCCCACCUUCCAGGUGAAGAUCCUAGGCAUGGACACGCUGGCCGACUAUGCCCUGCUCAUGGACUUCAUCCCGCUCGACGACAAGAGAUACAGGUACGCCUUCCACAGCUCGGCCUGGCUGGUGGCAGGCAAGGCGGACCCGGCCACGCCCGGCCGUGUGCACUUCCACCCCGACUCACCAGCCAAGGGUGCCCAGUGGAUGCGCCAGAUAGUGUCCUUCGACAAGCUCAAACUGACCAACAACCUGCUGGAUGACAACGGCCACAUCAUUCUCAACUCCAUGCACCGCUACCAGCCCCGUUUCCAUGUGGUCUUCGUGGACCCACGCAAGGACAGUGAGCGCUAUGCCCAGGAGAACUUCAAGUCCUUCAUCUUCACCGAGACACAGUUCACAGCCGUGACCGCGUAUCAGAACCACCGGAUCACCCAGCUGAAAAUCGCCAGCAACCCUUUUGCCAAGGGCUUUCGAGAGAAUGACCUGGACUCCUGGCCUGUAGCCCCGCGGCCCCUGCUUGGUGUCCCAGCCCGGAGUCACAGCAGCCUCAGUCCCUGUCUCCUGAAGGGCGCCCCAGAGAGGGAGAAAGGCCCCAACAGGGCUUCAGCCUCUACCUCCAGGACCCCUGCCCAGCUCCACCAUCAGCUGCUGCCCCCACCUGAGGCCCUGCUGGCCCCGGCUACCUACAGGCCCCUUAACUACCAGGACCUGUACCCUGGAGCCCCAAGACACCUGGGCACCCCAAGGGCCCGACCAGCACCAUACCCCCUCCCCAGCAUCCAGGCUAACAGGGAAGAAGGAGGCCUGUCCUUCCCAGCUGGGCUGGGGCUCCCGGCCCCCACCACUGUGUGCCUGGGGCCUGGCCAAGACUCUCAGUGAUGGUGGAAGCC